AUGUCGAUUCGAAUCAACUCAACGCAUCGUGUUGCGUGGCGAGGCGAGAGAGCGCGUGAUCCUUUCGAGGAUCAUGCACAUGCCCUCGCGGCUCUUGCCAAGCUGAUCCUGCGUCUUGGUCGAUGCGAGCGUCUCGAUGCUGCGCUGGACGCCCCGGGCGCCCAGUCGUGCAAAGAACCCGCCGCCGCCUUCGUUCACGGCCGCUUCUGCCUGUGCCUGUGCCUGCCCCAGCCGGUCCCGGAUACGCUCGCCCAGCCGGGAGCGGAACACCACCCUGGUCUCGACAUCUGUGUUGUCUGCUGCCGGCUUCGUCUUGGGCACGGCAUAGAGCUGUCUCUCAACUACCGAGAGCACGCCAACAAAGUUGAGGUUCCGGCUUUCCGUCGCCAUCCAUCCCUCGCGCAUGUCCACGAUGCUCGUCUCAAGGAUGUACGAUGCCUUGUCCGUCGUGCCCCCCGUCAGGGACGAGGGCAGUAA